AAUCAUCCACAUACUGCCGGUUGCAGGUUGAUGGAUCGCAUGCAGCAGAAACAAAUUGGCACUGACCCUUGUGGACCCAAAGUGCAACCUGGACCCUGCAUGUUGAUGGCAGUCGGUCCGACUUUACCUCCACAGUUCAUGAUCCAGGAAGCACCUCUCAUCAGCCGAUCAGAGGAGCUCAAGAAACAGCCUGGAUUGAGCACCAUGCAGGCUGCAGCUGUACCUGUAGAAGUGACAGACCAAAUGCAGUCAAUGUCGCCAAAGUCUGGAACCACCCCAGCAACACUGGUGAGCAUAAGCCGGCCAAGACCGACUGCUCUCCGAACUAAACCGGCUCCAAAAUCGACCAGAAUCUCAGUGGACCCCUCCAGUGAAAUAGAUUUAAUCCCAGUUUGUAUCCCAGGACCUCAGAGUGCCAACGUCCUGUCACAUUCCCCGACAGAGUCCUCCAUCUGCCGCCACAGUCCUCAGAGUCCCCGCAGCCCUCAGUCUUACACCAGCCAGCCUUACCUGAGCCCUAAUCCUGGCCUGCCCUCGAGCCUAAGCCCAAAACCCAGUCUCAGUCCUCAGCCUCAGAGGGCUCCCUCAACCGGGAGCUCCACACAGACCCAAGUGCAGUCUGAGAAGCCAGCUGGAGAAAACAAUGACUUCAGGGUGUACAUUGUCACAUGGAACGUGGGAUCAGCUGUUCCUCCAGAUGACAUCACCUCUCUGUUUGGACCAAAUGUUUCCGAUGGGAGCGUUGACAUGUUUAUCAUCGGACUCCAGGAAGUCAACUCCAUGAUAAACAAGCGACUGAAGGAUGUUAUUUUCUCAGAUCAGUGGAGUGAGCUUUGCAUGGACACGCUGAGUCCUUUUGGAUAUGUUUUGGUGGCGUCCCAGCGUAUGCAGGGAGUGUUGCUGCUGGUUUUCUCUAAAUUCUGCCAUCUCCCAUUCCUCAGAGGGGUACAGACUGAGAGUACUCGCACAGGGCUUGGGGGAUAUUGGGGGAAUAAAGGGGGCGUCAGCGCGAGGAUGACAGUGUUUGGCCACCCUGUGUGCUUUCUCAACUGUCACCUGCCAGCUCACAUGAGGAACCUGGAACAGCGGAUGGAGGACUUUGAAAGCAUCCUGCAGCAGCAGCAGUUUGAAGGAGGCACUGCCACUGGUGUGCUGGACCACGAUGUCGUUUUUUGGUUUGGGGAUUUAAAUUUCCGUAUUGAAGACUAUGACAUCCAUGUGGUAAAAUCUGCCAUCGACAGCAAUAAACUGCCACUUCUGUGGGAGCGAGAUCAGCUCAACAUGGCUAAACACACAGAGUCCAUCCUUGAGGGCUUCAUUGAGGGACCACUCAAAUUCCCACCCACCUAUAAGUUUGAUGUGGGCACUCACACCUACGACACCAGUGCAAAAAAGAGGAAACCUGCCUGGACAGAUCGCAUCCUCUGGCGCCCUCGUCGUACUGGCUCCCCAGUUCCUACCCACAAUGCAGCGCUGCAGCGGGGUCUGACCUCGUGGUUAGGUGGGGCGACUAAAGUGACACAGCAUGUGUACCGAAGUCACAUGGGCUACACCAUCAGUGACCACAAGCCCGUUUCUGCCCUAUUCUCACUGCAUUUCCCAUUCAAGGUGGAUAUGCCCCUGGUGGAGCUGCAGGUAAACAAGGAAUGGUGUAAAGUCUCAGAUGCUACAGUCAGAUUCACUGUUGCAUUGACUUAUCAGCGCAGCUCAUGGGACUGGGUAGCAAUAUACAAGGUUGGAUUCAGACAUCACAAAGAUUACCAGGCAUACAUAUGGGCCAAGGGAGAGCAUGCCACACAGGUGACAUUUUCAGACGAGGAUUUGCCGAGAGAUGACUGUGAAUACAUCCUGGGUUACUACAGUAAUAAUAUGAACACCAUUGUUGGACUGUCAACGCCAAUUCAGAUCCACAUUCCAGUCCACAGCCCCACCGCGCAUCGCUCAGACUGCUCAGACGCCAGCUCGGAAGACGACAGCACUCUGGUUCUGCUGGUUCCAAACUCCCGCAGCCCGAGCCCUAAAACCGGAAAACAAAACCAUCGCCAUCGUCGCAGCCGCAGUCCGGCUGUUUCUGCUCUUUCCACCAACCCCCUCCCGUCCCUGCAGGGCCUCGGCCUCGGCCUCUGUCCUCGCUCCAAAGAAUGCCGGACUUCCAGCCGCUCUCCUUGCUCUGCUGCGAAGAAGGAGCGGCUGGUCUCCCCCGACCCAGUGGUGUCCCCCGCCAUCCGCCCUCUCAGUCCCCGCAGCCCCGUGUCUCCAGGCGGCGGGGUGACUGCACCGGAGGCCCUGAUCGCUGCCAUCUUAGGUGAACACAGACCAGCUCAGAUUAGCCCCACGGAGGCCAAACAGAUAAGGAAGAUGGGGGAAACCGACACUGCAUAGAAGAUACCCAACAAUAGCUAAAAGGAGGUGCUGUGCAAGGGGAGCAACGGCAACAUCCAUGCAUUAAGUGUCUGAUCCCACAACGUCGCUGUGCUCGGAGAAGCAGCACAUUCAGUGACUCCUUGUGUAGGUUGUAAACAUUCCACAUCGUAGCCAUGCAGUUCUGUUUCUGAAUCUACCAUCAUGGCAUACACGAUGUGUAUCUUGGAGUCAAAGAUGUGUCCAGACUCCCGACGCCAAGUGCUUUUAUAGAAUCAUAAUCUACAUCAUACGUAAACAAACCUAUUGAAUGUGAACCCAACAUCACAGUAAACCUGUGACGGAUGUGACCGGUGAUUACUGACAGCAAUAUGGAUCCACCUAGACAGUCACAUAUCAAAAUAAGGACCCUGGACCAGAUGUAUUGACGGUGUCAUAGUUCACAUCAGAGAGUGUGUGUGUGUGUGUCUCUCUGUCUGUCUGUUUGUUUGUGUAGACAAAUGUGUUAAAACAAAUGUUUGAUGAUGGUUUGAACUUUAAACUCUACAGUUCUUGGCGUGUAUUCAUGAAAUUAAUCUAAUGUAUCAAAGAACAGAGAUUGAGCAUUUCACCACCUCCGUCAAAUGUACAUGUGUCCUGUGACUUGAACAGUAAAUCUUAGAACGAUGCUCUUUUUCUUAGCAGCUGUUUUAUAGAGAGCAGUGAGUGGGUAAGGCUAAUGUGUU